AUGAGCAUACGCCAGUCGGCGGCUGAAGAGGAAUCACUCUGGAGAGAAGAUGAAGACGAGGUGCGGUGCGGAUCUGGUGACAGGGUGCUGAAUCUAGAAGCCGGAGUGCCAAAGGGGGAAUCGCAGUGUCGGAUCUUGAGGAUCUCGAAAAUCCAGCGACGAGCAGGCGUCGAUUGGAGCGAUAUGCUAGGGUACGUACUAACCGCCGGUUGUGGUUACUCCGGCUUGAUGAGUUUGGCUCUGGUUUGGGUGGUGAUGAUUUCUCCGGUUGUGGAUUCUCUGAUGGCAGCGGUUGCGAUAAUUCCUUCCGUGCCUCAAUUUGCGAAUGAGGCGAUGUUUCCAGAGCACCUUCUGCUUCAACAGAAGUUUUGA